UAAUAAAUUGUAUAUAAAAAAUGAUGAUUAUGAUGAUAACGAUUAUUUUAAUAUUGAACCGAAUUUUUUACCUGACAAUAACGAUACAUUAAUAACUUUACAUAAUAAUCGAAAUAAUCGACAUAAUCAGAUACAAGUUGAAGAAUGUGUAAAUUGUAAAUACAGGGGAUAUAUUUCGUUAUGUAACAGGACUCGAAUAUCUCAAGCUUUGCGGCCAUCACUGCAUGUCAAUCGAUCAACACUUUCUUCAUCAGGACAAGCAUUUUCAGAAUUAAAGUCAGACAAUAAGAAUGAUGAGCAAGAAGAAU